UUGGCACCGCGCAACAUCCGUCGCACAGCCUGGCCCAGCUCCCUUCUCGUCCAACCGCCUCCUCAUAAACGGUGCCGUUGGAAACACAAUUCAUGAACAAGGUGGCCUUGUGACUUGCACCACAAAGACCAUGCAAGGGGUAUUCGUGAAGGUGUAACUUACCGGCUGAUGAGCAAUUUCCACCCGGAAACAAAACGACCGACCGAGGCAUGUAUUUUUUUCGGAGGUAUUUGAAACGGAAACACUGAUCCAAACAGGGCCUUGGUAUAUUUGAUUCAAAACAAUAAGACGAUAAUGUUGGGGAAAAGAAUCUCAUUCCCACCAGUAGUUCGAUCAGAAGUUUCAUGUAGGUGGUGACUCACGAGUUGCCAAAACAACUGAAGAAUGGGCUCCACGACACAGGAUAUUUAGAAGAUGGUGACAACUAAAGCAAUGUUGGGGGUACUUUGACUGGGGCAGCUCUUGUGUCAUGGUCGUGUUAGGGAGGUGUCCGGCAGCUGUCGUGAAGAAGCCUUCGAGGCCCUGUGCGUUGCUUCUUCGUCAUUCUGCUAGAGGCUGGGCAAGGCAAGGCGAGUCUCAUGCCUUCGCGUUCCGGAGUAUGGGCUGUUUCCACACCUGGUUGUAGGCCAUCUCAUGGCUUCGUGCUUUCUUUUCUUUUCCUGGCCUCGCCAAAAUUUGGUCCCUCGUGCUUUCUUCUUAUGAAAAUGACCUGCUCCCAGGCAUGUUCGAGAGAAAAAUGCUAAAGUAUAAAGAAAAUCUCAUUGGUUUAAUCUCAUUGGUUUAGGACUCGGUAAGGUACACCAAUUUUUUGGCUUCCUUCUAAGUUUUGUGAAAAAAAAGAGCAGGAACUUUGCCGAUCAGUUAAAGGAAGGAGUUACGGUUUACCUGCAGAACUGACUAUUAAAGGCUGUUUUAGGCAUUAAGCAGACAGGGCGUUAAGAAGCAUUCAGAGGCAAAAGCUACACAGGUAUUCUCCUUUCAUUGGCUCUGGCAAGACACUUGUUGUACUGUAGCUGUCUGGAUUUGUAAGAUCCUCAUGCCCCUUUUCUUUCCAGAUAUUCCAAAUUGUAGUGCACAGGACCGUACUAUUUUAAGUCUCUCCUCUGGUCCCCGCGCAUCGCUUUUCGCGUGCUGCUGCCCCCGUUUUUGUUUUCCUCACUGGUAUAGAUAGAUAUCUUCCCAGAAUAUUGGUUUCUAUCUGUUCGAAAGGAAAGGACGAAAUGUCCCUGUUGCUGCCAGCAGUGUGAUGGAUACAUCUGAGUUAACACGUUCCAAAUCAACUGCUUGUAUUCAUGGGAAGGUGAUCUAACAAUGGAACAUGAGGUUUUUCAGCAACUUAAGUCAAAUAUGAAUAAUUAAAUACUACUAGCAUAUUUUGUUAGUUGGCAUUCAACACCUGUAGAUCUGAGUUCCUUUUACCUAACAUAGCAGCGGAAGCAUCCAAAUGAUUUAAAACAAGGGAACAGCAGGCAUGUCAUAUUAUAGUUUUAUAUAUGCACCUGAGCAGCUCUUGUGAUUUUCCAAUAUUGGUGAACCCAAAGCCACCAAACACUGCUACAGAGAGAGAGAGAGAGAGAGAGAGAGAGAGAGAGAGAGAGCCUUUGACCCAUUAGUGUGCUACAGCACAGAACUAGAGAUACUUUCUGCUUGCUUACUCCACCAACCACAACAGAGUUAGCUCAUCUCCCUCUUGACUAGUUUCUCUCCAUACACCACGUAGGCUUGUCUUACUUUGCUAUAAAGCUCAUGCAGAACAAGAAACUUGCCACAAAAACAUCUGAACCCGAACCAUCCAAGCACAGGAACAGCUAAAACUAGUUUCAGGAUGGCUGCAGCUGCGUUGUGCUUCAGGGCGUCUGCUCUCUCCGUGGCCUGUUUUCUCCUGGCCGUGCCAUUGCUGAUGGCACAGGACCCUUCGAACCUGAGCCUGGAGCACUACUCCAAGACAUGCCCAAAUGCGGAGCAUGUGGUCCGUGCCGAGAUGGAGUGCGCGGUGCGCGACGAACCACGCAAUGCCGCUUUGAUGCUCCGCCUCCAUUUCCACGACUGUUUUGUGCAGGGCUGUGAUGGAUCGGUGCUGCUUGACGACACGGCGACCAUGAUCGGUGAGAAGCAGGCAGACCAGAAUGUGAACUCGCUGAAAGGAUUUGAGGUGGUUGACAAAAUCAAGGCAAAGCUGGAGGCUGAGUGUCCUGGAACAGUUUCCUGUGCUGACUUGCUUGCCAUUGCAGCCAGGGACGCAGUUGUCUUGGUUGGUGGGCCUUACUGGGAUGUUCCAGUAGGAAGACUGGACUCCAAGGAGGCAAGUCUUGACCUAGCAAACAAGGACAUCCCCACCGCUGAGCAGGGCCUCGUCACCCUUAUUUCCAAGUUCUGGGAGAAGGGCCUUGAUGCCACUGACAUGGUGGCCCUUGUCGGAUCCCACACGAUCGGAUUCGCCCGGUGCGCAAACUUCCGGGACAGGAUAUACGGCGACUUCGAGAUGACAUCCAAGUACAACCCUGCGUCUGCGACCUACCUCAGCAAGCUCAAGGAGAUCUGCCCCUUGGAUGGUGGCGACGACAACAUCAGUGCCAUGGACAGCCACACUUCCGCGACCUUUGACAACGCCUAUUUCGAGACGCUCAUCAAGGGUGAGGGCCUCCUCAACUCCGACCAGGAGAUGUGGUCCAGCAUCGCCGGGUACUCGACGGCCGACACGGUGAACAAGUACUGGGCUGACCCGGAGCUGUUCUUCAAGCAGUUCUCGGACUCCAUGGUUAAGAUGGGCAAUAUCACCAACCCUGCAGGUGGCGAGGUCAGGAAGACCUGCAGAUUCGUGAACACAUAAGCUGAAGGAACCUUUGUUUGCGUCUUCUCCUUCGAUGGUUGAUGAUUGUCUGCAAAUAAGAACGUUUUUCAUAGCAUAUACUCUACUGGUAUAGGUAUUACCGUCGUCGCGCUACACAGAAAUAUUUUGGCUGUAUGGAGUAAUGGAGAAUGUACACAUCAUGUAUUUUGAGGGUUUUGCACAACCUGAUAUUAUGUACACAUCAGCAAUGGAUUCUGAUCA